AUGUCCUCCAGCACGCCGCGAGGAGGAGAGCUGGUUUCGCCGAAGCAGAAUGGCACCGAGGAGGACGAGGGCUGGAGCGAUGGGGAAGACGAUGCCGAGCUCGCUGCUGAGGGCGGCGACAGGAAGCGCAAGCGGCCUAUGAGCGUCAGCUGUGAGUUGUGCAAGCAGCGCAAGGUCAAAUGCGAUAGAGGCCAGCCUUCGUGUGGCUGGUGCUUGCGAAACGGGCAGACGUGCGAGUACAGGGAGCGUAAGAAGCCUGGUCUGCGUGCUGGAUAUGGCAAAGAGCUUGAGGCUCGUCUUGACAAACUCGAGGGCGUCCUUAGCAACCAGCAACAUGUCCUCCAACAACUCGCUGCCCAUCUACCAGGACCGCAAUCAUCAGUAUCACCUCAGUCUCAACAUGCUCCUCAGGCACAGACAGCACUGUUCAUGCAGACACCAGACAUGUAUCCAACGGCGACAGCAGUUCAAUACAACCGUCUCCAGUCACAAGGCAGUGACAUGAACCAGCAUCAACACCAGCACCAUGGCUCUCAACACUCCAUUCAUAUCCCACCUACCACAGCCAGUGAUCUCUACGCGGCGACAAAUCCACCACUAGAGUCACCCAGCCUUAACAUCAACGCGGCCAACCAGGAUGGAGCAAUGAAAGCAGUUUCUCAAGAUCAUGACUUCCCGCCUUAUGACUUGUUAUAUGCUCUCACGGAUCUCUUCUUCAAGCACAUCAAUACCUGGUGUCCGAUCCUCCAUCGACGUAGUACACUGGAUUCCUUGUUUGGCCCCAACACGCUAGAAGAAGCUGAUAGAAUCUUGCUUCAUGCGAUUGUCGCUACGACUCUGCGCUUCUCGACAGAUGCUCGUUUGAGCGAUCAGGCACGGGAGCGGUACCAUUCUACGUCGAAGCAGAAGGUCCUGCUUUAUGGCUUGGAAAACAGCUCGGUCAAGGCGUUGCAAGCACUAGUAAUUCUUGCUCUCGACACGGUCGGCAACUCGAACGGACCUCCAGGUUGGAACCUCCUGGCGUUGAUCACAAGGAGCGUCGUGCAGCUAGGACUUGCGGUCGAAACGACUUCAGCUUCCAUCGCUCCUCUCUUCCCAUCAAUCUACACUUUGCGCGCCAUGGUCCUGCCUGAAUCAAAGUCGUUUAUCGAGGACGAAAGCCGAAGAAGACUGUUUUGGAUGGUCUAUCUACUCGACCGCUACGCCACAAUUGCAACAGCCUUCGAGUUCGCACUUGAUGACAAGGAGAUCGACCGCAAGUUGCCAUGCCGAGACGACCUCUUUGCUCGCAACCAACCUGUCGACACACGCUGGUUUCAAACGAUCGAAGGCGAACAGCAUGAUCUUAGCGAGAUGAAUCAUCCAGAGAAUCUCGGAUCAUUCAGCUACUACAUCGAGAUUGUUGGCAUCCUCUCGCAGAUACACCGCUUUCUCAAGAAGCCCGUUGAUAUCAGUGCCCUAUCAGACGUGGAGCGAUGGCAACAGGAAUAUCGUCAGCUGGACAGCAAGCUGAACUCUUGGAAAUUCAGCCUGCCGAGCGAGUACGGCAACAUGUCAAGGCUUUUCAAUCCAAAUGGUGGCAACAAGAUCGUCAACUGUAUCUGGAUUAUGUUGCACAUCACCUAUCACACGACCGUGAUCCGACUCCACUCCUCAGCCGCCUAUCCCACCAGCCGCUCCCCCAUCUUCACCCCAUCCUUCAGCGCCUCGCAACGCUGCCACACCGCCGUCGAGGACAUCUGCGCACUAUGCACCUACGUGCGCAACAACAGCAUGCUCACGAAACUAGGUCCCCCAUUCGCCUUCAGCCUGUGGGUCGCCGCCCGUCUGCUCCUCGUCCACGGCAGCACCAUCGACCACAAUGUUAACCCGGCCAUCUCCCCCCUCGUCGAAACCCUGCGUGAAAUGGGCUACUACUGGAAAGUCGCCGAACGCUACGCCACCCUCCUGCAAUGUGUACUAGACGAGUACCACGAAUCCGAGCGUGGCCCCGUCCCCGCCAGCGGCGUUAGGGAGACGCCCUCCACGGUGAGGAUUUUGGCGGAUAUGCGUCGCUGCGCCUACGAUUUGGAUUUCUUGAUCUCAAGGCAGCCGCGGCAGUUUUUCAACGGGAAACAACAGGGGAAUUCGUCUGUCACGCCCGCGAGGACCCCGGCGCCGAAUGAACUCGAGUAUUUGGAUGUGUUUGAUUUCUUUAACAUGCCUCGUCUGCCAUUCUCUGCGCCGUCGGGUGGUGAGAAUGGUAAUGGGAUGGGAGGGAAUGGCGGUGGAGGAGGUGGUGUUAAUGGAGAGGGCGCGGUGCCCGAGUAUCAGUCUUUUAUGGAUUACCAUGGCAUGGAGGGGAAUAAUGGGACGGAUUGGCUUGUACAGUGA